CCGGCGCGGCGCAGUGCGCGAAGCAGACCCGGCCGCCGCUGGACUCGGCGCGCGGCCCGGCACCUGCCGCCCUCGCCGGCCCCGGGCGCCGCUGUCAUGCGGCUGGCGCUGCUCUGGGCCCUGGGGCUCCUGGGCGCGGGCAGCCCCCUGCCCUUCCCGUCGCUUCCAGGGACAAGUGGCACCAAGGAGGAGCAGGCAAUUCCAGAGAAGACCCCGAGUGGGCCCUUGGGACCCCAGAUCCUUCAGGACAACCUCACACUCAGCAUAGCAGAGGUGCUUCAGACCAGCCUGCCUGAGACUUUACGGAUCAAAUUGGAAUUGGAUGGUGAGAGUCAUAUCCUGAAGCUGCUACAGAAUAGGGAGCUAGUGCCAGGCCACCCAACCCUGGUGUGGUACCAACCUGAUGGCACCAGGGUAGUCAGUGAGGGACACACUCUGGAGAACUGCUGCUACCAGGGCGGAGUGCAGGGCCAUGCAGACUCCUGGGCCUCCGUCUGCACCUGCUCCGGGCUCAGGGGCCUGGUGAUCCUGUCCCCAGAGAAAAGCUACACCCUGGAGCUGAGGCCUGGGGGCCUUCAGGGUCCUCCCGUCGUCUCCCGGAUGCAGGAUCGCCCCGUGCCGCGCCACACUUGCACCCUGAGCUGGCGUGAACCCGUGUCCACUCAGGCUCCACCAGAGCGCCCCCUGGGACAGCACCAGAUCCGCCGGUGGCGGCGGGAUGUGGUGACAGAGACCAAGAUUAUUGAGCUAAUGAUUGUAGCUGAUCAUUCGGAGGUCCAGAGGUACCCAGACUUCCAGUACCUGCUGAACCGCACACUGGAAGCGGUCCACCUCCUGGACACGUUCUUCCGGCCCCUGAAUGUACGAGUGGCGCUAGUGGGCCUGGAGGCUUGGACGCAUCAAGACCUGAUAGAGAUCAGCCAAGACCCAGGUGUCACGCUAGACAACUUCCUCCGCUGGCGCCGGACCAACUUACUGCCUCGUUUGCCCCACGACAGUGCCCAGCUGGUGACAGCUACUUCAUUCUCUGGGCCCAUGGUGGGCAUGGCCAUUCAGAACUCCAUCUGUUCUCCUGACUACUCAGGAGGCGUGAACAUGGACCACUCCAUAAGCAUCCUGGGAGUUGCCUCCUCCAUAGCCCAUGAGUUGGGCCACAGCCUGGGCCUGGACCAUGACCCACCUGGGAACAGCUGCCCCUGUCCAGGCCCAGCCCCAGCCAAGAGCUGCAUCAUGGAGGCCUCCACAGACUUCCUGCCCGGCCUGAACUUCAGCAACUGCAGCCGACAGGCCCUGGAGAAGGCCCUCCUGGAUGGGAUGGGCAGCUGCCUCUUUGAACAGCUGCCCCGCCUGCGCUCCAUGGCUACUGUCCGUGGAAAUAAGAUUGUGGAGCUGAGCAAGCAGUACAACUGUGACUUCCCAGAUGACUGCACCGAUCCCUGCUGUGAUUACUUCACCUGCCAGCUGAGGCCAGGGGCACAGUGUGCAUCCGACGGACCCUGUUGUCACAACUGCCAGCUGCGCCCGGCUGGCUGGCAGUGCCGUCCGAAGAGAGGUGACUGUGACUUGCCCGAAUUCUGCCCAGGAGACAGCUCCCAGUGCCCUCCUGAUACCAGUCUGGGGGAUGGCGAGCCGUGUGAUGGUGGACAGGCUGUGUGCAUGCGAGGGCGUUGUGCUUCCUAUGCCCAACAGUGCCAGGCUCUCUGGGGGCCUGGGGCCCAGCCCGCCGCACCCCCAUGCCUCCUCACUGCCAAUACUCGGGGGGAUGCCUUUGGGAGCUGUGGGCGCAGUCCUACUGGCAGCUACCUGUCCUGUGACCCUAGAGAUGCCAUUUGCGGGCAGCUCCAGUGCCAGGGGGGCAUGGCCCAGCCUCUGCUGGGCUCAGCCCGGGAUCUGCACUGGGAGAUACUAGAAGCCAACGGGACCCACCUGAAUUGCAGCUGGGUACACCUGGACCUGGGCAACGACGUGGCCCAGCCCCUCCUGACUCUACCUGGCACAGCCUGUGGCCCUGGCCUGGUGUGCAUUGACCGUCGAUGCCAGCCUCUGGCUCUCCUGGGAGCACAGGAAUGCCGAAGCAAAUGCAAUGGGCACGGGGUCUGCGACAGCAACAGGCUCUGCCACUGUGAGGAGGGCUGGGCACCCCCUGACUGCCGUGCCCGGAUCCGAGCCUCCAGGUCCCUGACCACAGGGCUGCUCCUCAGCCUCCUGUUGCUGCUGAUCUUGGUGCUGCUUGGUGCCAGCUACUGGUACCGUGCCCGCCUGCGCCAGCGACUCUGCCAGCUCAAGGGACCCAGCUGCCAAUACAGGGCAGCUCAGCCUGGUCCCCCAGAACGCCCAGGACCCCCGCAGAGGGCCCUGCUGAUGCCAGGUGUCAAGCAGCCUAGUGCUCUUGGCUUCCCGGCACCCCCUUCAAGGCCACUGCCUCCUGACCCUGUGCCCAAGAAACUCCAGGCUGCGCUGGCUGGCCGACCUAAUCCCCCCGCCCGCCCUCUGCCCGCUGACCCGGUGGUGAGGCACCCGAAGGUAACAGUGGGGGGAGAGAAGGUCACAGCCUUUGCCACCAUCCGGGCUGUGGUGGUUGUGGCCGUGUCUCCGGGGCCUGCCAAGCCCCCACCCCCCAAGAAGCCACUCCCUGCAGACCCCCAGGGCCUGUGUCCUUCAAGUGACCAGCCUGGUCCAGGAGCUGGAAUCCCGCCCCUAGUGGUACCUUCCAGGCCUGCACCGCCGCCCCCAGCUAUGUCCUCCCUCUACCUCUGACCUCUUCUGAAGUUCCACCUGCCUCCAACCCAGCUUAAGACUUAAAGAGGCGUGGGCCGGUCCCCUGCAGCACCCCUCCACACACCCCGCGGUGAUGGAAGGAGCCAGAGCCUGGAUGCCAAGGAGCAGGCCUCUUAAGACACCCCACGAGCUGUCGAGCUGCGCCCUGGGGACCUGCGCACGCAGUUGCAGAUGGGGGGUAGGCAGAUCUGGGCGCUGGGCCUGGCUGAGGGAGGUGCGCACAGUCUCUGCUCGGUUGUAAUAAACGGAAGAUUUUAGGA